AAAACCAGAUUAUUAUUUUGCCUCUGCUUUUUUUCCGGAACUGCGCUGUUCUGGGCGGCUGCAUGUUGGAGUAGCUCUGUUGACUAUAUGUAAGUUUAGCCUUUUCUUGGGCAUUUUUUCUUCUUGUUUCUCAAGAAAAACUGUAUUUUUUUGGACAUUUUACUUUCCUGUUUCUGGUGCUGUGAAGCUUGGAGGAUUUUUACUGCUAUUUUUUAGCUUUUUUCACUUUUUGAGCAUUUGUUAUGAUAUGUAACCAUGGCAACAAGCUGGUUUACAAUAGGGAGCAGCUGAUUAACAUUGGAAAGGCAGAAAUAAUACCUCAACUGAAGCCAAAAAUCCCAAAUGAGCUAAAACGCAAGAAGCGUGGGUGCAGAGCGGGAGCAAAACGGAGACAGAGAAAGAGGAAAUUCAAACCAUCUCUUCCAUCGAUCAUAAUGGGCAAUGUGAGAUCACUGGCCAACAAGAUGGAGGAACUCCAAGCCCUUUCAAGGACUCAGCCAGAGUUUCAGAACCAUUGGAGGAGAUAAUGCAAAGAAGGAUUCUCCAGAGAAUCAAGAAAAUGAUGGACAACCCUGAGCAUUCUCUUCACAAGACUGUCCGACAACGGAAGAGUGUCUUCAGUCAGAGCUUCUUCAGUUUCGCUGCAACACUGACCGCUACUGGAGAUCCUUCCUGCCAACAGCCAUUGUAAUAUACAAUAACUCUUUGAUUACUUGAUUAUUAUUAUUAUUCUGAGCUACUACAGCAAUCAAUUUCCCUCUGGGAUUAAUAAAGUAUUUUUGAAUUGAAUCGAAUUCAAAGAAAAUCCGCUUUUAUGCAAAUGUUUCAAGUUUUCUUUGCCUUAAAAGUGCAUUAUGUAAGAAUGAAUUAAUGACAUCCUGUGGUCAAAUUUGGUUACUGCAGCCUAUCGUCAAAACAAACCAGUGACUCUUACUACCCUACUUUGAAUUUCAUGGCUGCUGCCAGUUACUGUUCAGUGCAGACUCACAGAUUGUAAACAAAGACAAUGUUCCUCAUCUGUCUUUUUAAAAGAAGAAAAACUGCCAGCUGAGAAGGGAAUCUGUUUCAAUUUAACAUUUCUUCCAAUAUGACAUUAGACUGUUAUGUGAUUAUUUCUCAGUAAAAUUCUUACAUAUUCUACCUUUAAAGAGCAAGUCACUCCCUACAAGAAACUUAGUUCACUUCCACUUCCUGUUUGAAAAAUGCAACAAAUGCUGUUGCCUAGCAGACCGAGAGGGCGGAGCCGCUAAUACACACACACACAGGCUCACAAUGACAUUGUGACACCAGCUAACAUUCUUGAGUACCUCUUAGCUAAUAGCGAUGGCAGAUUUAAAUUCAAAUGCAUUGCAGAGUUUUUACCUGACAAUGGCACAACACUGACAGUUUUAGGCAGAAAAUUAAAAUUUUAACUAAAAUGCACUAUAGUGCAAAACUAUUGACUAAAGUCAAAGUCAAAGUCAUUUAUUGUCAUUUCUACCACAUGUGCAAGACAUACAGAGAAACGAAAUUGAGUUUCUGCAGCACGAUUAGACACGCAUUUAUAUAGUUUAUCAGAAAAAAAGUUUAUUUGUGGUGACUUGCUCUUUAAGCAACAUUUAUUUGCAACAUGUCAUGUCAAGUUACAUUUAAACUGAAUUUUAACCACUUAAACAUUCUCCCUCACCUGAUAAUAACAUUGUACUUUCUUUGACAUUGAAUGAGCCACUACAAGUUUACCUGUUUAAUUAUAGAUUCACUAAGAUACAUACAAUGAAGUUUAUCUCUCACCAAAUAGAAUAUUUACUAAGAAAUCACAAUGUAACCAUAGAAACACUACUUGGUAUAAAUGCUGUGUGUGUGGAUGUGUGUGUUAAUGAUGUCAACAAAUUUACUUUCUUCUUUUGUAGGUUGCCUGUUUACUUUGUUUGUCAGCUUACAGGAAAUCAAUAAAGAUGUUACAAUAAUCUAUCUGUUCGUCAUAAGAUUUUGUUAAAUUACUUUCAAAUUUUUGGCUAAAACUAUUUGUUUUACAAUUAACCUUAACCUCUAGAAGUCUUCCAGGUCUUUGACUUGUUUGGUCUGUGAUGAAACAUUUCAGAAUAAGCAGUUUUCUUUUAACAUUUCUUGAAAUAUCCUUCAGUUAUUUGACUUUUUAAUGUAUUCAGGGGCGGACUGGCCAUCUUUGGAUUCUGGAGAAUCACAGAACGGCCGGUACUCCAGGACGGCCGGUGGGCCGGCCUGCCACUCUCCAUGCACACUUUCAACACCAGGUUUUUUCCCCCACUCAAAGCUCUUUCACACUCCAGCACUCUAGGUGGCAGCACUGCACCUCUAAGUUGGAUGCCAGCUACACUGGCCGUGGCCACCAGGCAAGGAGAAGAAGAAGCUGAAGCGAAGAGGAGGCAAAGGCAGCAGAACAAAACGAUGCAAAACCCGGCCGCUAGUAAAAAAAAAAAGGAAAGAAAAGGGUGUGCAAUACAACAUAUAGUCAACAUUAGCGCUGUUGCUAUAAUUUUGACUGUUUGACCACAUAUUUUUGCUGCCGAAUUUCCGCACGCCGAUUACUUUGGGCCGGGCCUAGUCAAAGUCCAGGGCUGUUUUUUAGUCCCAGUCCAUCCCUGAAUGUAUUAAACCAAUUUUAUGACAUUUAAUAACAUGUUACAGAUGUCUGCUAAUAUUUCUGUAUUGAUACAUUUUCCUUAAAAUCCAAAUUGAUUGAAACAGGAAAUCCUAUCAGUUGGUUGAUUUAAAGGACUUUUUUGUGGAAAUUAGGCAAAAAAAUUUAUUAAACAUCCAAUAGUCCUGCAAGCAGUUAGCAAGUAAAAGAAAGAACACAUUUGUGUGUCAAUUUUUCCUCACGAAAAGCAUAAAUUACACGUGUGUGUGUGUGUGUGUGUGUGUGUGUGUGUGUGUGUGUGUGUGUGUGUGUGUGUGUGUGUGUGUGUGUGUGUGUGUGUGUGUGUGUGCAAACAUUUCUACAAGAGAACACUGAAGAAUGACCAAAGCUUAAAAUCAUGUUAUAUAAGAUGUAAAAUCAUUGGCUGCCAGGGAUUGUGGGUAGAAACCAGACAACACCUGUGCCUCACCUCGUGUCCAUGAUUCAUUUGCAUGUGACCAGCAGGUGUGACUCUGACAGCGCUGUUCUUCACCUGUGAGGUCACACGCCCCGGUACCUCACAUAAACUGGGGUUUCUACUUAUUUGUAUGAAAAGCACUAGAACAAGAGCAGUUCUGCUUUGGCUGUCCCACAUCAUUUGACCAGGAUCUGUCCGCAUUGCUCUCAGGUCUUUUAUAUCUGCACCACUGAGACUGACUUCAGACCAGCCAGAGCUUGAGCAGCAGCUAUGAUAAUUUAACCUCUGCUAAAAUGCAACGCUCCACUUUCCGCAUCAUGACAUCCAAGGAUAAAGCAUCAAAGGUCCCCCUUUCAUCCACCAUGCCAGCUGUGGUUGUUUCCAUUAUUUUUAUGCCAGCUUUGUGCAGCACCGCGGAUGUGACCUGCUCCAAACCCAACCAGCCCAGCCUCCUGGCAGCUCUGACUCCCAUCUUCAACCUGAGUGCCAUUCGCCCCGUCCUUAACCAAACGACCGUCACCAACGUCAGCGUUUCCUUCACUUUGUAUGGGAUUUUAGGAGUGGAUGAAAAAGCUCAGCUGCUGACCACUUACAUUUGGCUACAUUAUUGGUGGAUGAACGAGUUCAUCAGCUGGGAUCAGGCCCAGUGUGGCGCAAAAAAGAUCUCUCUUCCCAAAGAAAAAUUCUGGCUCCCAGAUAUUGUCAUCAACGAGUUUAUGGAGGAAAACAAAGCCCCGUCUGUCCCGUAUGUGUACCUGUAUAAUGAUGGCGCUGUGCACGACGCCAUGCCUGUCAGAGUCGUCAGCUCCUGCAACCUCAACAUCUACACCUUCCCCUUUGAUGUCCAAAACUGUUCUUUGACUUUCAACUCCUACAUCUACUACGCCUUUGAAAUACAAGUUCUCCUCGGGAGUCCUGCAGAAAACAUCACAGAGGACUCCAAGUCUGUGAUGACCACCAUGGGCGAAUGGGAGCUGCUGGAUAUCACCGCCCUGAAGACACCGAAUAACGAUACCAUGCUUUACAUAGAUGAGCUUGCAUUUUAUAUCAGACUGCGGCGCCGUGCCACCAUGUACGUGGUGAACCUCCUGCUCCCCAGCUGCUUCCUCAUCACCGUGGACCUCUUCAGCUUCCUGCUGCCUCCUCAGAGCGUGGACCGCUCCUCCUUCAAGAUGACCCUCAUCCUGGGCUACACCGUCUUCCUGCUCAUCAUGAACGACCUGCUGCCCAUCACAGGAAACACUAUUCCUCUCAUAAAUGUGUUCUUCUCUCUGUGCCUGGCUCUGAUGGUGGCCAGUCUGCUGGAGACCAUCCUUAUCACCAACCUGUUUUGUAAUUCAGCUGGCUUUUCUCCUGUUCCUCGAUGGAUUCGGGUGCUCAUUCUGAAAAUUAUUGGCUGCCUUGUCUGCAUGCCACAAAAGAAACCAAAAGACUCAGUGCAGAGGACCAGCACUGUUGUGGCAAGAGGUGAAUCUGACGGAGGACCUCGAGAGACAAAGGGGUCAUCUGAGGAUAACAAAGCCCUGCAGGAGCUGAGGAGCCUGAACAAAGUCCUCCUGGACAUCCGCGUUCAGGUGGAGCAGCAGCAGAAAGGGAAGCAGAGCUCCGAGGACUGGAUCCAGUGCUGCCUGAUGAAAAUCAAGCCUUCUAAGCAUCUAUGCAUCCUCGUCUCUCUGCUGAUGAUCGCUUCAUGCAGCUCUGCUGCUCUGAACUGCUCUCAGCCUGGUCCAACGUCGCUGCUGAGUUCUCUGCAGACAGCCUUUGACCUCAGCGCCAUCCGACCUGUCGUGAAUAUGUCCACCCCGACCACGGUUUCCAUUGGGUUUACCCUAUAUGGUAUUUUGGGAGUGGAUGAGAAGGCCCAGGUCCUGACAACUUACAUCUGGCAAAACCUAGAAUGGCAAAACGAAUUCACCACAUGGAAUGCGGAGGAAUGUGGAGUGGAAUGGGUUGCAAUUCCACGAACUCUGCUCUGGGUGCCAGAUGUCGUCAUCAAUGAAUUGCACGUCUAAUUCUUAUUUUCAUUUUUUCUAGUUUUUAUCUGUUUUAUUUUGUCUCUAAAUUCUUUGGGUGUACAACGUUGUUGUGAGCCUGGUUAUUUA